UUUACCAGAAGUCAAAGAGGAAGUAACUUUCAGGGACAGGGAGCGGCUGCUGCUGUGUUUUCUGCUUCACUCGGAGAAUAAAUGGAUUCCAGAUUAGAGAAAGGUUUCUGCUGUUCUGUCUGCCAUGAAGUCUUUAAAGAUCCUGUCGUCCUGUCCUGCAGCCACAGCUUCUGUAGAGACUGUCUGCAGAGCUGGUGGAGAGAGAAACCAUCACGUGAGUGUCCACUUUGUAAGAGACGAUCUUCAAAGAGUCGACCCCCUUCUAACCUGGUGCUAAAGAACCUGUGUGAGAGUUUCCUACAGGAGAGAGAUCAGAGAUCUCCAGAGGCUCUCUGCAGUCUGCACUCUGAGAAACUCACACUCUUCUGUCUGGACCAUCAGCAGCCAGUGUGUCUCGUCUGCAGAGAUUCAAGAACACACAACAACCACAGAUUCAGACCCGUCGAUGAAGCUGCACAGGAUCUCAAAGAGGAGCUCCAGACAUCUCUGGUGCCCUUACAGGAGAAGUUAGAAGAAUUUAAAGACCAUAACAGGCGUUUUGAUCACACAUCAAGACACAUGAAGGUCCAGGCUCAACACACAGAGAGGCAGAUUAAGGAGCAGUUUAAAGAGCUUCACCAGUUUCUAGAAGAGGAAGAGGAGGCCAGGAUGGCUGCACUGAGGGAGGAAGAGGAGCAGAAGAGGGAGAUGAUGGAGGAGAAGAUGGAGGCUGUGAGCAGAGAGAUAGCAGCUCUUUCACACAUAGUCAGAGCCACAGAGGAGGAGCUGAGAGCUGAAGACGUCUCCUUCCUGAACAACUACAAGGCUGCAGUGGAGAGGCUGCAGCGCCCCCUGCUGGAGGAUCCACAGCUGCCCUCAGGAGCUCUGAUAGACCAGGCCAAACACCUGGGCAACCUCAGCUUCAACAUCUGGAGCAAGAUGAAGGACAUGGUGUCAUAUCACCCUGUGAUCCUGGACCCAAACACUGCUGGUCCAUUAUCCAUCCUGUCUGAAGAUCUGACCAGCGUGAGGGAAGGAGAGAAACAGCAACGUCCUUAUUAUUUAGAGAGACAUGGUCAAUACUCAUUGGGCUCUGAGGGCUUUGACUCAGGGACUCACAGCUGGGACGUCCAGGUUGGAGACUAUACAGCCUGGGCACUGGGUGUGUUAGCAGAGUCUGUCAAGUGGGAGGAAGAUAUAGAGCCUGGAUUAUGGAGAAUACGUCCUGAUGGUGGUAAAUACUCUGCACUUUCCCCGUCACAUCCAGAAACUCCUCUCCCAUUUAAGAAGAAGCUCCAGAGGGUCAGAGUGAAUCUGGACUGGGACGGAGGAAAGUUGUCAUUCUCUGAUCCUGAGACUAACACACACAUACACACCUUCACACACACUUUCACUGAGAGGGUGUUUCCAUACAUUAACAAUCAUGAUCUUAGCCCGGUGCAGAUUUUACCAAUGAAGGUCUCAGUGAGGGUAGAACAACAGGAAUAGAAAACAUACAUAUACACACACACACACACACACACACACACACACACACACACACAGCUGUUUAUUAUUUCAUGAAUUAUGUAAGAUGGUUUCUGUCAUGUCAAAGUGUAUUCUUCUGAAUGUCUAACACACGUUUUAAACGGGGCAAUAAAAGGCCUGAACACUGUUAUUACUGUCAUAAUAAAUACUUCAUAUCUUUGAAGACUUUAUGUUAUUAAUGAACUUUGUGGGGUUUGGUUUCUACAAAAAGUAAAAAAC